GAGGUUUCUAUUCAUUUGACUAAAUGCCACGUCUGAGAACGAAUACACACUUUUGAGAUCUUCUGUUGGGAAUAAUUUAUCUGAUAAACCGUUAUCACUGACCCGCAACAUUGCAGACUGCCUAUCCGUGCAUAAUUACAGCAGACUGGUGAGAUGAUGGCCCAUGGACGUCUGCUAGCACUGUUCACAGGAGCGGUGCUGUUGCUAGCCGCCCAGCUAACUGUUGCUCACAGUCACUCUCAUGACCAUGGGCAUGCACAUUCGCAUGGGGGUGGCGGUUGCCAUGGUCAUUCCCAUGGCGGUCAGAAGCUGCACCAGGGGGCGAGUAAGUGGAGUGCUGAGGCCAACCUGCCCCCAGCAGAGGAGUCGCACCACGGUCACGGACAUGAUCACUCACAUGACCACGCCCAUGACCAUGGUCAUGCUCACAGACAUGACCACGCCCAUGACCAUGGUCAUGCUCACGGACAUGACCACGCCCAUGACCAUGGUCAUGCUCACGGACAUGACCACGCCCAUGACCAUGGUCAUGCUCAUGAGCACAAGGAGGAGAGUGGACACGGGCACACCCAAGGAGGGGAGAGGGUGAAGAGGCAGGUGGAGGGAGAGAAGAGGGACAUAGUGGAGCUCUGGAUGCAGGCCAUCGGUGCCACUCUGCUGAUCAGUGCUGCUCCCUUCCUCAUCCUUUUCCUGAUCCCGGUCCAGUCCAAUACAGACCAGCACCAGAACCUCUUGAAGGUGCUGCUGAGCUUCGCCUCUGGUGGCCUGCUGGGAGACGCCUUUCUGCACCUCAUCCCUCACGCCCUGGAGCCUCACUCUAACCAUGGAGAUGAGGGACAAGGCCACUCUGACAGUGAAGAAUCACAGUAUCAUGGCCACUCACAUGGUGCUGCCCAUGGUCACAUGAUGUCAGUAGGGCUGUGGGUUCUCGGUGGAAUCGUGGCCUUCCUGGUGGUGGAGAAAUUUGUUCGCCUGCUGAAGGGUGGACAUGGACACUCCCACUCUCAGGCUGCUCCUAAAGCAAAGGAGAGUGACGGGGAGAAAAAGAAGAAGAAUGAGGGUGAGAAAGAUUUAAAAGAAAACAAAGAUGAGAAGACUCCAAAAGAAGUGGAGGAGAAAACUACAGAUAUCAAGGUGUCGGGCUACCUGAACCUGGCUGCUGACUUCACACACAAUUUCACUGACGGGCUGGCCAUCGGGGCAUCGUUCCUGGUGGGCCCAGCAGUAGGCACAGUCACCACUCUCACCAUCCUGCUGCACGAGGUGCCCCACGAGAUUGGAGACUUUGCCAUCCUGGUCCAGUCUGGCUGCACCAAGAAGAAGGCUAUGUGUCUACAGCUGCUGACAGCCUUGGGGGCUCUUGCCGGCACAGCCUGCUCCCUAUUGGCUGAGGGGGUGGGUGCGGCCGCCACAGCCUGGAUCCUACCAUUCACUGCGGGUGGCUUUGUGUACAUUGCCACGGUGACGGUUCUGCCUGAGCUGCUGGUUGGCCGCUCCAGUCUGGGCCAAUCAGUGAUGGAGAUCCUAGCGAUGCUGGUGGGAAUUUACAUGAUGGUGCUAAUCGCAGAGUAUGAGUGAGACAGCGAGUCAUCAAAAAGUAAGGGCGGUAGAGGGAGGGAGGGAUUUAGAGGAGGAGCAGAAACCGAAUGUGAGAGAUGGAUUUAUACAAUUGGAGGGAAAGAUACUGAUGGAGUUUAAAGGAGAGGGUGAGAAGAUAAGUGACAGACAUGGCUUUCACAGGACAGGACUAGGUUCCAAAGGGGACUUGAAUGGGGAGUAGCAUUUCACCACAAACCAUCUGCAGGAUGAUGAGCAAUAAGAUAUGUACUGUACAAAGUCCUCAUCAGCAUGUCUAAGUCAGUCUCGGUUUGAUGACCUAUCUAAGGCAAGCUACGCAAAUGACUUGGGAGUUGUAGUUCAUCGUCCAUUUAUAAUUGCAGAGUUUAUUCCCUUUUGGUCAUAAAAAGGCUAACCAAAACAGUGUCCGUUUAAGUUGCCGUGAACUAUAGUUAAAAUUAAAAUCAAGAAUUGCAAUCAUACCAAUAUGUUUAAUGCUUACUUUUGCCUUUAAUUGUACUUGCAGAGAUCACAGAUUGAACACAAUAGAACUAGACAGUAAAGUGGUUAGGGCAUUUUUUUUCAGCGUUUAUUUGGAUCCGAGUAUGUUAGUCUACAACUGGAACAUUCCAAUGAAAUGAAAAGGGCAUAAUAUUAUAACGUAUAGUCCAUAAACCAGGUCCCCAAACAGCAGCCAUCUUAGAUACUUGACAUAUAUGAGGCCAAGAGGCUCCUGAAAUGUCAUCAGCUUCUGGAAUGUGACUUAUUGGGAAACAUGAAUAAGCUGCUUUAGAUGUCUACAGCACACGGCAGUUACUGACCAAGCCACUUGUUUGUAACUGUUGGAUGCUUUCGAGUUGCAUGAAAAUCAUGAGUUGUACCAGUAUGUGACUAUCUAUUAAUUUAAUUAUUACUCAAUGGGUAAGUGAUGUAAGCUGUGCUUAGAGGACCAUUGGAGUAUGAUUAGCUUUAUAGUGAAUAAAUUGCUUUAAAUGUGCCCGUCACAUGAAUUACCUUCAUAAUGUGGAAGUACAGUAAAUUCAUGUAUUUAGGGUGGACGAGCCAUUUGGAAACUGAACCGAUUAUCCAGUGACAGGAAUUGGGGAAAUAGAUACAGUCCUUCAAAACAAAAAAUGUCUUCCACCCUAAUUCAUCUUAAUGUGUCUGGAAGGAAUGUUUGACUGAAUGAUGAAUCCUCUUCUACUUUCGUUUAGUGUUAAUAAGCUGCGGUAGCAGGUUUUGUUGAAUUGUAACAUUUAUUCAUUUUUAUUCACGUGUACUAUUCUUUUUUUUCUUGAAUGGGUGUCUGCUUUCCCUCCACUCUUGAAUAAUACAGUAGGCCUUAUGUGUCAUAAAGACAAUCAAUGCUGUAGCUGUAAUGUGGUUAGAAAGAGCUCCUUCACCCUAAACCAUUCUGUAUGUACACGACUGCAUCUCUGGGCUGAUUCCAAACCAACCCCACGCUGCUAUCCCCAUUUACCUUGUUGACUUUUUUGUUAUGUAUCUGAGAUGGUUUGUAUUGUCUAUUGUAUAGUAAGCUGCUUUACCUAGGCAUUUGUAAUAAGUAGGUUGUUUCCAUCCAAUGUAUUCCUUUACAUUGCCAGUCUUAUCAGAUGCCUUAAGUUGUCAACAUUGGCUUAUAGUUGGGUGCAAUGGCUUGAUUUGGAAUCAGAGCUUUUAAUCAGAGGGACCAAGUAAAAUGGACUAAUGUUAAUGUGGUGGGUGGGAGAUUUAGUAAGAGAGUAUGGUGGAAUUUGUGUUACUUUGUUUUCUUGACUUUUCAUUAAACAAUUAAGAUUCCCUUA